UUCACAACAUACACACAAAGUAGAAGCUCAAGCGAAACAGUAGGCUAUGUUAAGCGGACAAAUAUGUCUAUUUUAAAGGAGCACAUUUUGUGGUAAAUAUUCUUUCUUAGUACGUAUAGUCAGCGGGAUCAUGUAAUAUAUUGGUCGCUGUGUAAUUGUUGCUCACUUUAACGUUUUUACUCUGACAGCUGCUACAAUAAUAGUUAACUAGCUGUGCUAGCCAUUCUUGUAACUGCGGAAACUUUCGAUUUCGGUUGGCAUAGCGUCUGGCUGAUUCGGAUAAUAAAAGUAGGCUACCACCUGAACUUCAAUCACAGGAGUUGAAAUCUCUACAAUACAUGCAUUAUUUGGCUAUCUAUCUGUACUACUCAUAAAACAAUGAGCAGCUCAGUAAGUAGUGUUGAGUUGGAAGAUGUGCGAAGGAGAGCGGAGUCUCUCCUGUCCAUCUCUGGAUCUGCCCAGGACGUGAAGGCUGAUGUCCAGACCAUGGCCAACGUGCCCCUGCCGCUCUCCGAGAAGUACCGCCACAUCCAAGCUAAGACCAUGGUGAUGGAGAAUGCCGCAUGGGCCAGCAGACAGGAGAAUCUAGAAUCGCUGGGCAAACUAUUUAAAGCUCUGAGUAUCCUAGAGAAGUAUGGCUGCAACCUGACAAGCCCCUGCAGACCCAAGUUCUGGCGCAGUGUCAAGCACAACAACCCCGUUUUUAGGACCACUGUGGACGCUGCCCAGGGUGGACGAACCGUACUGUAUCUCUAUGGCUACACCAAUCAGCAGCCGGAUGGCCUCAGCUUCCCAGAAGAUGUCACAGAUCCAGAUGUGGGGAAGGUGGCAGCCGUGACAGUGGAGGUCAUGACCCUGCGCCUGGAGCUGGAUAUGAUGAUCAAGGGUGCACAUCCUCACCCAGACACCUUCAUAGAGAUCAUCCCCUCACUCAGCCGAGAGGAUGAGGUGGUGUCUGAUGCUGUAGUCAUCCCCCCCGGAGAGGAGGGAGAAGAGAGGCACAAGGAUCACCUCUACCCAACGGCUCCUCUAAAAUCCACCACACACACAGCUGGUGAUUGUAACCUAUGUGGGGGUGUUCCAACUCUCCUUUGCCCCUCCUGUGCAUCUACCCCAUUCUGUGAUUCAUGUGACCACCUCUACCACCGCCACCCCUCCAGAGCCAAUCACAAGAGAGAGAGAAUACAGGAUGCCAUGAAAGACACCUGUUCCAUCUGUGGUACGGCCCCCGUCUCCACCCACUGUAGCACGUGCAUUCAGAAGCUGUGCCUGAACUGUGACAGACUGUUCCAUUCUCACCCGGACAGGGGGGACCACGACCGAACAAUGGUCAGCACCGUCAAGCCACAAGGAGCUGCUGCCAGCCUUUCAUUCUCCUCGUGGGAGUGUGGGCACUGCACCACGGUCAACCCAAUGCGAGCCGUGCUGUGCGGGACCUGCGAGCGACCUCGCCUGGCCAACGCUGCCUCCAGUGGAGAGGAGGACCUGUUGCAGUCACCCUCCAACACAGAGUGGCAGUGCAAGAGCUGUACGGUGAUGAACCAGGGAACCAGUGUGCUGUGCGAGGUGUGUGAGCGCCCCCGUCUGGCCACCCGGCCCCCCGUCACCCCGGUGGCCUUCCCCUCGCUUGCCUCAGGGCUCCCGGGAGAGGGUGCAACACAGUGGAUAUGCCGAGUCUGCACUUACCAGAACUCCAAACCUUCGGUGGGGUGCGAGAUGUGCGACUCGCCAUGCAAAGAUCCUGCCGUGGCCAGAUCCCUCCUGUCUCCCAAAAAGGACCAGAGCCCGCCCCGGUUGAAGCCCCGCCCCCCGCCCAUGGACAACGACGACCUCAAGAGACAGGAGACCAUGAGGGAGCAGGGGCUGGCGCUUGUCAGUCAAAUACGGGAGGGGGAGAAGAGGGGCGUCACCCCAGAAGAAGUGUACGCGUCUCUCCGCGUCUCCGGGGGCAGCAACGUUAACCCCUGCGACUGGCUGCAGUCGGAGCUGCCCCACCUGCUGGACGAAAUCUGCGCCAUGGCUGCUUCGGUCCAGCAGAACUACAAAAAGGAGCAUCCUGGGAUGCAGGAUAACACUGAGAAGGACGGCGGAGGGCCUCCUGGGACGCUUGGUUCCGGGGCUCCUGGGGAGGGGAUCCAGCUGUCCAGAGCCGAGGCAAAGCAGGCGUGGUUGGCAGCAGGGGGCGACACUGAGAAAGCAGUACGACAGCUGCUCAGAGACAGACAGGCCAAGAUCAAGGAGCUGCGGUCCAUGGGUUUCCGCGAGGUGUCCCAGUGUGAGGAGGCCCUGAGGCAGAGUGGGGGGGAGUUGCGAGGGGCUCUGUCCCUGCUGCAGCGCCCCCUACUGGAGCCCUUUCACCAGCGCAUCUGGAGCAACCAGCCAGAAGCCCUGCUAGACCCCAAGGACCCAGACAAACAGAAGCUGUGCAGGCGCCUGCUGGCGCUGUACGACCUGCCCAGCUGGGGGCGCUGUGAGCUGGCCCUGUCCCUGCUGCAGGAGCCCGACGCCCAGUACUCCCUGGAGGACGUGGUCCAGGCCGUGAGAGAGUCCCAGGACCGAGACUUCCUGCGCAGGCUGCUCAACAAGACCUGCCCCUGCUGCUACGACGUGUUCCCACACAGCAAGAUGCAGUCGCUCACCUCCUGUCAGUGUGCGGUGUGCCACCACUGUUUCAAGCAGCACUUCACGGUGGCAAUAAGGGACAAGCACAUCAGGGACAUGGUGUGUCCCAUCUGCCAGGAGCCGGACAUUAACAACCCCCAGCACCUGGACAGUUACUUCUCCACCCUGGACAUCCAGCUAAAGGGCUGCCUGGAGCGUGACGUGUAUGAUCUCUAUCACAAGAAGCUGACGGAACACACGCUGAUGAUGGACCCCAAGUUCCUGUGGUGCUGUCACUGCACGUUUGGCUUCAUCUUUGACGGAGAGCUCAAAGUCACCUGUCCAGGCUGCCGCAAGAGUUUCUGUGCCCAGUGCAAAAAACCUUGGGAGGUCCAGCACAAGGACCUGUCCUGCGAGCAGUUCCAACGCUGGAAGAAAGAGAACGACCCAGAGUACCAGAAGCAGGGCCUGACUGGCUUCCUGAGAGACAACGGCAUCACCUGUCCUCACUGCAGGUUCCAGUAUGCCCUGUCCAGAGGAGGCUGCAUGCACUUCACCUGCGUCCAGUGCAGGCAUCAGUUCUGCAGCGGCUGCAACAACCCCUACUACACUACGAAGUGUAAGACAGGCCAGUGUAAACUUGCGGGGCUCCAUGCUCACCACCCACGUGACUGUCUGUCCUACCUCCGAGACUGGGAUCCCGAGAGACUUCAGACCCUGCUACAGAGAAAUACCGUUGAGUUUAACACUGAUCCCCCUAAUGGAACCCAAACCGAUGAGUGUGGAGUGAUGGAGCAGAAGGAGGAGGGGAGCCGGCAGACUGACUCCCACUGCGGCAUCAAGACUAAGCAGGGCCAUGCCGGACUGUGCGAGAAACACUACAAAGAGUAUCUGGUCAGCCUCAUCAAUGGACACUUGCUGGACCCUGCCGUGCUGUAUGAUGUGAACGAGGUGAUGGUGGUCUGUGCGAGGUAUGAAGUGGACCACCAGCGAGUGGAGGCUGAGGACGACCAGGCGUACCAUGCUCGCUUGCUAAAGAAACUGAUGGAAGUCCCUCUCGGAGAAAAUGUUCCACGGAAGAAGUGAGGACUACACUUAUGCAUUGUUUAUUUCAUGGAAGGUUGCAUGUUUGCAGGUAGUCUUAAGUCAGGUUGAAUUUUGAGUUUUGAACAAUGAGUCCUUCCAUUUUGUAAAACAAAACACAGAAAAAAUGCCUUUACAGUAAUCAGUAAAGAUUUGUCAAUUUCUUGUUUUAAAAAUGGUGUGCUUGUUCAAGAUGUGUCAAUAUUCCACUUUAAAACAUGUUGUUGCCCAUAUUAAUGUCCUUUAAUUACUUAAUGAAAAGUGUGAUAAAUAGGCACAUUCCUUCUUUUAACAUGCAUUUGCAUUAGAUUGGAUUCAUAAACCUUGAAUUUUUCCCACAAUCUUUAAAGUUUUGUU